AUCCUAUCUCUCUGUCUCCCUCCUUCACCCCUCGUCAGUCGUCACAGCCUCGCCCUGGCUGGCUGCGCGUCGCAGCAGCAUCCGCUCUGACCUCGCCUCCGUCCGCGCCAAUGGCAUCCAUCCCCUCCCUCGCCGUCUCCGGCGGUGCUGUCGCCACUGCCUUCAGAGCAGUCCUCGCUGCCGACGCCCACAAGCCGCCGCCGGGUUCCGUCGGUUUUGACAAGGGCAAUUCCUAUCAGGGAAGCACCCAGGUGUUGGAAAAUGGCAGAUUGGAGGCUCCCCCUCGGCCUCUCGAUGCCCAAGAAGCAAUGGCCAUGCUGAAAGAAGGUCAAUCGGUACAGUCAGCGAUGUACGUGCCACUGCUGCACCGGUGCAUCGAAACCGGGAGCCUAGGCGGCGCCAAGGCCCUGCACGGGCACAUGGUGAAGACUGGAACCAUUGUGGACAUCUUUGUGGCAACGUCCUUGGUGAAUGUGUACAUGAGAUGUGGGAACAGCCAAGACGCACGCAACCUGUUCGAUGAAAUGCCAGAGAAGAAUGUCGUCACGUGGACAGCGCUUAUAACGGGGUAUACUCUGAAUUCUCAGCCGGUGUUGGCAUUAGAGGUCUUUGUUGAGAUGCUGAAGCUGGGGCGGUAUCCGUCGGAUUACACGUUGGGUGGCAUGUUGAGUGCGUGUGUUGCGUCGCACAACAUUGAUUUGGGCAAGCAGGUUCAUGGUUACACGAUUAAGUAUGGGGCUGCAUCGAUCACAAGCAUUGGUAAUUCACUUUGUAGAUUGUAUACCAAGUCUGGAAACUUAGAGUCUGGCAUCAGGGCCUUCAAGAGGAUCCCUGAUAAGAAUGUGAUCACGUGGACAACGAUGAUAUCUGCCUGCGCCGAAGAUGAGAAUUAUACUGAGCUUGGAUUGAAUUUAUUUCUUGAUAUGCUCAAGGGGGAAGUGAUGCCAAAUGAGUUUACAUUGACCAGUGUCAUGAGCUUGUGUGGUACAAGCCUGGAUAUGAACCUGGGCAAGCAAGUCCAAGGUUUCUGCUUCAAAAUUGGCUGCGCAACGAAUCUUCCAGUAAAGAACUCGACUAUGUACCUCUAUCUCAGGAAGGGUGAAACCGAAGAGGCUAUGCGGUUGUUUGAAGAGAUGGAGGACAACAGUGUUAUCACAUGGAAUGCAAUGAUCUCGGGAUUUGCUCAGAUCAUGGACUCAGCAAAGGAUGACCUCCAUGCUCGUUCUAGAGGGUUCCAGGCACUAAAAAUAUUCCGUGAUCUCGUGAGGUCUGCAAUGAAGCCGGAUUUGUUCACCUUCUCAAGUAUCCUAUCAGUCUGCAGUACCAUGAUGGCCUUGGAGCAGGGUGAGCAAAUCCAUGCACAGACGAUAAAGACUGGCUUUUUGUCAGAUGUUGUUGUGAACAGCGCACUGGUGAACAUGUAUAACAAAUGUGGAUGCAUCGAAUAUGCAACCAAGGCAUUUGUCGAAAUGCCAACACGGACACUUGUCACAUGGACUUCUAUGAUUUCAGGGUACUCACAGCAUGGCCGACCCCAUGACGCGAUACAACUCUUCGAGGACAUGAUAUUAGCUGGGGCCAAACCAAAUGAAAUCACAUUUGUAAGUCUACUGUCAGCCUGCAGCUAUGCUGGUUUGGUUGAGGAAGCUAUGCGCUACUUUGACAUGAUGCAGAAUGAGUAUCAUAUAGAACCUCUUAUGGACCAUUACGGUUGCAUGAUUGACAUGUUCGUGCGGUUGGGGCGGUUGGAUGAUGCAUAUGCUUUUAUCAAAAGAAAGGGUUUUGAGCCGAAUGAGGCUAUCUGGUCCAGUUUGGUAGCUGGAUGUCGGAGUCAUGGGAACAUGGAACUUGCUUUCUAUGCUGCUGAUAGGCUGCUUGAGCUCAAGCCAAAAGUGGUCGAAACCUAUGUCUUGCUGUUGAACAUGUACAUUUCGACAGGUAGAUGGCGUGAUGUGGCGAGAGUGCGGAAACUGAGCAAACACGAAGAUCUUGGGAUUCUUAGGGAUCGUAGCUGGAUUACAAUCAGAGAUAAGGUGUAUUUCUUCAAAGCUGACGAUAGAAGUCACCCUCAAUCUACCGAGUUGUAUCAACUAUUGGAGACUUUACUGGAAAAGGCUAAGGCCAUCGGGUAUGAACCAUAUCAGAAUACAGAGUUAUAUGACAGCGAGGAAGACGGGAAGCCUGCUGCAGGUUCACUAAAGCACCAUAGUGAGAGGUUAGCUGUUGCACUGGGGCUCCUCAAAGCACCUCCUGGUGUGACAGUUCGUAUCACGAAGAACAUCACCAUGUGCAGGGAUUGCCAUAGCUCGAUUAAAUUCUUCUCAUUGCUUGCUAACAGAGAGAUUGUUGUCCGGGACAGUAAACGGCUUCACAAAUUCAAGGAUGGCCGGUGCUCCUGUGGGGAUUUUGGUACACUUCUGUGAUAUCAUAAAUCUCACACAUAGCUACUCUAAGAAUUCAUCAAUCUUGUACUGGAAACAGGUUACAACUUACACAGAUCUUGUUUGAUGCAAGCUACCCUGAGCUGUUAAUUUCUUUGUGAAUUUUGUAGAUUUUUGUAUGAAAGCAAAAUUUGUUUAGUCAACAUCGGUGACAUACUAACAUGUGAGUCUUAUAUGCACAUAAACUUGACCAGAUGUCCGAAAUAUGGACCCAUUGUUAGCACUUAGCACUGUCGGAGGGUGAAUAUCUGUGUAAUCUUUAAACAUUAAGCAAUGCAAAAAACUGGAGUUCCUCAGAGCUCAGACUCUCUUGAUCGUUUGGUCGGCUGCCUCACAAAGGGUCCGACAGUUGCUGUCAAGCCCUAUAUGCGAUGUUGGCUGUUGCUGUAGCAAUUGUCAUCUGCCGCUUGCCUUAUGGGUCAUACCUGUGUGAAAUUGCUAUUCAAACCGAUGUACUCGAUCGGCGUCAGCGUCUUUCAGUUCGUAGCAAUGAAGUUUGAGAAGGGUCUCAAUAUGGCCACAUUGUCGCUUAUCAAGGUUAGAUGGAGACAAUCAGACAUUCUUCUGAAGAAUCUAGUUACUGAGACCUCGAGUAGCUGGGAAAUAUAAGGAUGAGAUCGAGGAGUAAGUGUAUCUAUAUAUGGUUGUUUUCUUUCUUUCUUUUGAACCAUAGUUAGACUCUUGCCGAGCAUUAUUGUUCACUAGUGUGUAUGUGCAUCUUUAAUGCCGUGGUUGUGCAUUUAUAUCGUAUCUGGCAACAGAGUAACAACAAAUAUUGCAACCAACUCUGUAUUGAUGUUGAUCCUUGAGGAUUAAAUAAACAGCAGCAGGCCCCUGGCUAUUCACAUGGCAAAACAUAGAGUUUAACUGUUA